UAGGGUCUGGGGUGAUUUAUAUACAACCAAUAAUGCUCCUUGAGUCCACCAGCGAUGGAGUGGGUUUGCUUUUUGCUUCGGCCUAUUGACCACCUCAAGUUCAAGGCUUCUAUAAGCCCCGAUUGAAAGUUUAGAGUGAAGAAAGCUGAGCAAAGAUGCCUGGGCGUGGCCAAAGGGAUGGAUCAAGCCACAAACCAAAAUUGAGGCGUAUUAAAGCCAAGCACCAAAGGAAACGUGUGAUGAGAGCAAAGGACCCUGUUCUUGCUGUAUUUAUGUGGGGUGUGCAGCACACUGUGAACGAAGUACUUGCAUCAGCAGAAACAAGCCUGCUCUUGCCAGAAGAUUUUAAAGCUUAUAGCAAGAUACGGGUGGAAAACCAGUACUUUAACAAAGAGAACCUACCUGGUCAUUUCAAGUUCAAGGAGUACUGCCCCAGAGUGUUUCAUGACCUUCGAAAGCGAUUCUCUGUGGAUGAUUCAGAUUUUAUGAUGUCGUUAAUUGAACAACCACCACGUUACAUGGAGAACCCUGGUCGUAGUGGAGCAAAGUUGUUUGUGAGCUACAACCGAAAACUGGUGAUAAAAUCUAUUACCAGUGAGGAAGUAGCACUUGUGCACCAAAUACUCCAGCCCUACCAUGCUCAUGCUGUUACUACUGAAGGAAAAACACUACUACCUCAUUAUCUUGGCAUGUAUCGAUUGACCGUGAACAAUACUGAAACUUACUGGAUAGUAAUGAGAAAUGUCUUAAGCUCCUCCGUGACAAUUCAUCGCAAAUUUGAUUUGAAAGGUUCCACAGUUGAUCGUGCUGCUACCCAUAAGGAAAAGGCAAAGGAAAAUCCAACACUAAAGGACAAUGACUUCUUGUGCACAGGGGAGAGGAUUGUGAUUGGCGAAAACAGAACCACCUUUAUUUCUCAACUUUCUGCUGAUGUUCAGUUUCUUCAGGGUUUGAAUAUUAUGGAUUACAGUUUGCUUGUCGGAAUCCAUGACCCAAGUAUUUCAAGUUGUGGUGAGGUGAAAGAGAACAAUGAUCAAGAGAGUGAUGAGGAGGAGUAUGAGGAUAUGGAACAUGGAGAUAGCCGUAAUGUUUCUAGUGAUGAGCUUGAGGUUCCACAUUCACCCUCUUCUGCAACAGAUGAUUUUCCUAGCUCUAGUGAAAUGUUGGAUGCAUCUUCUAGUCCUGAUCCCUUUUCUGAUCAAGCAGAAGCUUCUUCGCCACAGGAUGAGAAUCUUGCUUCAUCUUCAACAUCCCAAGCUCUGGAGCCCGCCUGUUUCCCUACUAGCCGACAUGAAUCUAGUACAAACGAUGAAGGUCUUGUUGAAAGAGAUCAAGAGGGAGCUACUGCAAUGCCUAUCUUCUGUCCUUCAGUAGUCGAAGGAGAGCAAGCUGUUGAAGCAGCACUCUCAAGUGGAAAAUUUCCUGUAGUUGACAAGUUAGUCGAUGUGUUCGCUGUUUCAAGUGCUCCAGGUCAGUCGGAUAUGUUGAUUUCCUUUAACAAGUGUGAAAUUGUUUUAAGGCACCCCCUGUUAUUAUGACCAAACAAUUUUUGCCAGAAUUAUUUCGGUCACAAAAUAUUGUGACCUGGUAAGCGGGUAACAUUUGUCUUAGAAGUGGUCAGUUAGUACUUGAAUUUGGUGAUUGGAGAAAAUGAACAUUUUGUAAAAUGAAAGCACUAAAGUGCAAACCCUCUGUGCACUAGCUAGAAACGCUAGCCUCGUUUCCAGUCCGUUAUUUUUGUGGGGGAGGAAAAACCCGGUUGAAAAACGAUCGAUGCAGUUUUUUGGGUGCCGUAGAAGCUCUUAUACGCAUGAGGACAGAUCUUGAACUACUUUAGGCUGCUAGAAAAGUGAGCAAAGUUGAGGAAGACCGACCUACACAGCCUUCUGUGAAACAAGGUAAGCAUGCAACCAAGUAAGGCAGAUCUUUCGCUGUGCAUUUGCCAUGUUUUUAGCUCGACAAUAGGCUUGGAAAACGUUCUUUGCAAAAUUUUAGCCUAUGUUUAUCUUGCGCAUGCGUGAACAGAUUUCCAAACUAUGACGGUUAACGGUAGGUUAACUUUUGGUAGACAGAUACAAUGAUUGUGUUUACAACAACCACUAAACAAAAAGCAAAACAAACACAAAAACCAAACAAAACAAAAAAAAGAAAAGGAAAGACGAAACAAAAAACAACAAAAACAAGCAAACAAAAAAUCUAAAUGUUCCCAUCAGUCCAAGCUGAGUGAGACGGAAGGCAGCAAGCCUACAUAGUUGAAUUUCCUCUCCACAAACAGAUGGACAAACGCUGAAACAAAUGUGAAACUGGUUCCACGGGGCUGGUACCAAGCCUCUGACCCAUUAGUCUGCCGAUUCUGGAGUUUGUAGGGCUGCUUCAUGGCUCCAACCUCCCAGCGUCUCCACAGCAAGGGGAACAAACAACACUCCAGCAUCUCUGCAUUCGGCAUUGUGAGCUACCAUUUUUCUUUCCUCGGCCAGUUUCAGAGCAUA